AUGGAGCCGCUUUCAGACCGAAUCAUGUGCGAUUCAUUCGGUUAUCGUUUGAAUUCCGACCUCUUGGCGUUCGUCGCCGAGCGAGGCGUUGCAGCAGUGGGCGGAGCAUCCAGGGCGAAUGUCACGCCCAUGAGAAUUUCUUGCGUCUGGAGAGCCGUCCCAUCCACUGCCACCAGUUCAUUGCGUCUCGGACUCACUUGUGCCCCUUCUGAAGUUCACCUACGGCGUGAACAGCGCCACGACCAGCGCAGCGAUGUUACGCUUUGCCUUCGAGGCGCUGGUUGCGCUGAGUUUUUUUCAACUCGGUGA